AGAGGACGUUGCGUGCUCGCUCGCGCUAGGCGAGUCUCCGCGUCUCCCUCGCGAACUCGGUGAAAGGAAUUGGCGCCGUUCGACACCAGGCGGGUCCGCUCUGCAGCACAAACCCACCUCCAGCCGCAGCCGCAGCCGCCGCCCGGGCCGAGCAGCAGCCGCAGCCGCCGCCAGUGGCCGAGUGAGCGGAGUCCAGUUUGAGCCAGCGCCUAGCGGUGAAUCGGGGCCUCACCAUGAGUUCCUCGCCUGUUAAUGUGAAAAAGCUGAAGGUGUCGGAGCUGAAGGAGGAGCUCAAGAAGCGGCGCCUGUCCGACAAGGGCCUCAAGGCCGAGCUCAUGGAGCGUCUCCAGGCCGCGCUGGACGACGAGGAGGCCGGUGGCCGCCCCGCCAUGGAGCCUGGGAACGGCAGCCUAGACCUGGGCGGGGAUUCCGCCGAGCGCUCGGGAGCAGGCCUCGAGCAGGAGGCCGCGGCCGGUGGCGACGAGGAGGAGGAGGAAGAAGAGGAGGAGGAGGAAGGGAUUGCCGCCCUGGAUGGCGACCAGAUGGAGCUCGGGGAGGAGAACGGCGCCGCGGGGGCGGCCGACUCGGGCCCGAUGGAAGAGGAGGAGGCCGCCUCGGAGGACGAGAACGGCGACGACCAGGGCUUCCAGGAAGGGGAGGACGAGCUCGGAGAGGAGGAGGAAGGCGCGGGCGACGAGAACGGGCACGGGGAGCAGCAGCCUCAACCGCCGGCGGCGCCGCAGCAACAGCCCCAGCAGCAGCGCGGGGCCGCCAAGGAGGCCGCAGGGAAGAGCAGCGGCCCCACGUCGCUGUUCGCGGUGACGGUGGCGCCGCCCGGGGCGAGGCAGGGCCAGCAGCAGGCGGGAGGUAAGAAGAAGGCGGAAGGCGGCGGAGGCGGCGGUCGCCCCGGGGCUCCGGCGGCGGGAGACGGCAAAACAGAACAGAAAGGCGGAGAUAAAAAGAGAGGUGUUAAAAGACCUCGAGAAGACCAUGGCCGUGGAUAUUUUGAAUAUAUUGAAGAGAAUAAGUAUAGCAGAGCCAAAUCGCCUCAGCCACCUGUUGAAGAAGAAGAUGAACAUUUCGACGACACAGUGGUUUGUCUUGAUACUUAUAAUUGCGACCUACAUUUUAAAAUAUCAAGAGAUCGCCUUAGUGCUUCUUCCCUUACUAUGGAGAGUUUUGCUUUUCUUUGGGCUGGAGGAAGAGCAUCCUAUGGUGUGUCAAAAGGCAAAGUCUGUUUUGAGAUGAAGGUUACAGAGAAGAUCCCAGUAAGGCAUUUAUAUACAAAAGAUAUUGAUAUUCAUGAAGUUCGGAUUGGCUGGUCACUAACCACAAGUGGAAUGUUGCUGGGUGAAGAAGAGUUUUCUUACGGGUAUUCUCUAAAAGGAAUAAAAACAUGCAACUGUGAGACUGAAGAUUAUGGAGAGAAGUUUGAUGAAAAUGAUGUGAUCACAUGUUUUGCUAACUUUGAAAGUGAUGAAGUAGAACUCUCCUAUGCAAAGAAUGGACAAGAUCUUGGCAUUGCCUUCAAAAUCAGUAAGGAAGUUCUUGCUGAACGACCACUCUUCCCACAUGUUCUGUGCCACAACUGCGCAGUGGAAUUUAAUUUUGGUCAGAAGGAGAAGCCAUAUUUUCCAAUACCUGAAGAGUAUACUUUUAUCCAGAAUGUCCCCUUGGAGGAUCGAGUUCGAGGACCAAAGGGGCCUGAAGAGAAGAAAGAUUGUGAAGUGGUGAUGAUGAUUGGCUUGCCAGGAGCUGGGAAAACUACCUGGGUUACUAAACAUGCAGCAGAAAAUCCUGGUAAAUAUAACAUUCUUGGAACAAACACCAUUAUGGAUAAAAUGAUGGUGGCAGGUUUUAAGAAGCAAAUGGCAGAUACUGGAAAACUGAACACACUGUUGCAGAGAGCUCCACAGUGUCUUGGGAAGUUUAUUGAGAUUGCUGCCCGUAAGAAACGAAAUUUCAUUUUGGAUCAGACAAAUGUGUCUGCUGCUGCCCAGAGGAGAAAAAUGUGCCUGUUUGCAGGCUUCCAACGAAAAGCUGUUGUAGUUUGCCCAAAAGAUGAAGACUAUAAGCAGAGAACACAGAAGAAAGCAGAAGUCGAGGGAAAAGACCUACCAGAACAUGCAGUCCUCAAGAUGAAAGGAAACUUUACUUUGCCAGAAGUAGCUGAGUGCUUUGAUGAAAUAACCUAUGUUGAGCUUCAGAAGGAGGAAGCCCAAAAACUUUUGGAGCAAUAUAAGGAAGAAAGCAAAAAGGCUCUUCCACCAGAAAAGAAACAGAACACAGGCUCAAAGAAGAGCAAUAAAAAUAAGAGUGGCAAGAACCAGUUUAACAGAGGUGGUGGCCAUAGAGGACGUGGUGGAUUCAAUAUGCGUGGUGGAAAUUUCAGAGGAGGAGCUCCUGGGAAUCGUGGUGGAUAUAAUAGGAGAGGCAAUAUGCCCCAGAGAGGCGGUGGCGGAGGCGGAAGUGGUGGAAUUGGCUAUCCAUAUCCUCGAGGCCCUGUUUUUCCCAGCCGAGGCGGUUAUUCAAACAGAGGGAACUACAACAGAGGUGGAAUGCCCAACAGAGGGAACUACAACCAGAACUUCAGAGGACGAGGAAACAAUCGUGGCUACAAAAAUCAAUCUCAGGGCUACAACCAGUGGCAGCAGGGUUCUGUCCAUGUGAAUGUGCUGUGUGGAAGAGUAAAAGGGCCCAAGUAAAUGUGUUCCAGUGAUUGCAAUAGGUAUUCCAAAUUAAUUGCUGCUUGUACAUUUAACACUUGUUAUUGGGGCUGCACUUAACUUUGACAAAUGGGGAAAGGGAGAAUAUCGGUAACCAGAUGGAUAGACUCUAAAACAGGAAAGAAAGGUUCUCUUAAUACCUCCUUUGCAUACCUGAAAUGUGUGUUAGCAGUCGGUGGUCCUCUUCUGUAAGUUGAAGGCAGUACAUGCAAAUAGAGCCAAGUCCUUUGAAAGCCAGGUCCUUAUCCUAAUGGUUCCAAUUCCCUCUAUUUACUGUUUUAUACAUGUUUCAGUGCCCUUCCUACUUGUAGUUUAAAUGCUUCCUCACAAUGUUCAAAUGCAAAGAACACCCUGUCCUUGGGUUCCCCAAGUUUUCCUACCUCUGUAUUAAAUGCAUAAAUACUUUGAGCUUACAAAAACUUGGAAAAUUGAUUCUUUUGGAUAAUGGAGUGAUGUAAAUUUAUAACAAUACAUAAAAUCAAUUAGAAAGUGAACUUAAAGCAAGGGCUUUGGCUAUGCUAGUGCAGAGUAUGUACUUUAAUUGCCCCAAAAUUAUCUAAAGACUUGAUAAGCCUAGAAGAAACUCAUUUUUCCCACUACAUACUCCAAAAUAGUGUAUUUUGGUGAAGUGAGAGGACUUGGGUGCUGUACUGAGAAGAAAUAAAACUAUCGGGAUCUCCUCAGUGAAAUACAGCUCUGUAUAUAAUGGCUUUGGAAGAAAAGACAAGGUAAAAACCAUUUCUGUUCAUCUGAGGAAAAAAACCCAUGAGACUAGAAAAUUGUUUCAAAAACAAAGAAUUUAGACAGUAAAAUGUUUCAUUUCGAAUGAUUCAUUCUCAUAGUUUAUUUUUAUUGAAACUUAACCCUUUGAGAAACCAGUAUAUGCAGAUUUGAACCCUUGGGUAGGUCAUAUAAUGGGUGUUUCAUAAUUUAGUGAGAGUUCUUUCUGGAAAAAAGGUGGGACAGAUAGCACCUGUUAAAUUGUUGUGAACAAUAGAAGCCUUUAAAUUAGUACUUACAUGAUUAUACUUGGAAAAAUUGUUCUCUAGAAAAUGAAGAGUUAAGGUGAAUGCAGUGGCUGUAAAAACAAGUAUUUGCAACAGACUUAGUAGUGCUCACAUCACAAGCUUUGGAGAAUUGUAAACUUUAGUUUUUGGUCCCUAAAAGCUUCCCUAUUAAGAGAAAAUUUAAAGAUGAAACUUAAUAUACAAAAUAGUUUGUAAGAUACUAAUAUUUGGGUGGUAGAGGAUAUUGUUAUAUAUUGUACUGACCUGAUCUGAUGACCCCUGGGCCAUACUUUAAGAUGCUUCCAAAAAUACGUUAUUUUAGAGGGCCAUUAAAAACCACAGCAAUCAUUGUUAUUUUUUCUACUUUCCUCAUCAAGGUAUUCUGCUUACCCAAAAUAUAGUGUAUAUUAACAUGACUUUGAAAGGGGUGCCUUAAUCCCCCUCCACCACAGAUUUUUACCUAGGAAUAGAGGAUUCAAACCCUAUUUGAUCCCUAGCUCUUUGCUGAAAAGUGCAUAAACAGGAAUCCUGAAUUUAUUAUAUAGACCUCGAAUUAUAUAAUCGAAGCAAAGGGGAACCAGCGAUGGAGUAGAGGUACGUAGACUGAAGAGAUGCUUGCAACUCAAAUAAUGGUGCUAGGCAUAGUCAAAAUUUCUUGUCGGCAGACUCGGUCAGUAUAAAAAAAUCAAAAGUCCAGAGAAAAGCUAGUUAACGUUAAAUUCCCUGAGGUCCCUUUACAGAGGUAAAGCAAAGAGGGAGGGCUAAGAGGGGGGUGUGGGUUGCAUAAAAAAGCACUUGGAGAUAGUUUAGGUAAUGAUAGGUAAGCCCACAAAAAGUUUUAAACCUACUAAUGACAACAAUUCUAUUUUAAUCAGCUAUUUAGCUGGUACCAACUGCUCUAUCACCUAGUAUGAAAUUUCGGAUUUAAUGGAAGGAAGCAGUGCAGCUGGAGGCUCCCAGUGGGUGUGGAAGGUAGGUAACUCAGCUUAAACUUGGGAAAAUGUAAGUUUUGGGAUGAGGGGGACCAGUGAACAUUUAGUAAAUCAACAUGUUGACUGCUGCAUAUGAGAUACUUGAUGGGAGAUGUAGAGAUGGAAGAAAACUGACAGUUACAGUCAGCGGGAGGUGCCGACUACUGGGUUACUACUGUUGAAGCAAGUAGAAGCGCUUAAAUGAGGCUGUGAUCUAAGUUAGCAAGAGAAUGGACUGCCGCCAAGGAGGUGGAAGGCAUUCUAAGAGAAUGAAGUAUGAGCAAAGUAUGAAUUCAGUUCUCGGCGGCCUUGGCUUGGCAAAACUUCACACAGUUUGAACCUGAAGUUGGAUGGCAGAGUGGAAGAAGAUUGGUUUGGAGGGACCAGAAGCGGCAAUGUCAAGAUCAACUUGGCGGCCUUACCGAGGGUGGUCAAUAGCAAUGUAAUGGAUCGUGUUACAUGGUCCAAUAAUUGAUUAGUAGUUCAAGAAGGAAAAAUGCUAAGGAUAGAAAUUCACGAAGUGACAUUUGAAAAGUAAUCCAACUAAGUAUCUGUACUUCUGUUUUUAUCCAGAUCUCCAGUUAUGCAGUCAUUUUGCUGAGAAAAUGAACUAACCUUGUAAUUGCUGAAGGCCUUGGAAGUUUGACCAGCCCCGCCCAGAGAGGUUUCUCUUACUCAGGGUAAGAUCUAAUCAUAGUGGCUCAAGCUAGAAGUGAUUUGAGUUACUUAAUCCAUUUGCUGACUUUAUGUCACAUGGUAUUAAACUGAAGCUGAGAACUUUAAGUGGCUUCACACACUGUUAAAUAUCUGACUUGAUGACUUCUCAGUCUCUGGCACCCGGACUCAUGCAGUGAGUGCUGCCUUUGACCUUGGGUCAUGGAGACUGCACUCAGCUUUGUGUCAGCAACAGUAGGCAGGUGAUCUUGCAAACUGCAUUCUCCUAAUAGCCUUCCCUAAUCAAUGUCCAGGUCCUUCCUUUGGUGGCUGCCAGAUGAUUAGGAUCAAUAAAAAUCUCUUAGAACAUGUCUGGCAGUCACUCAUUUGGUAAAACACACACACACACCCCUCAGGACAGCCAUGAGAAAGUGGGCAUGGGAGGGAAAAUGCUGCUGCCUCUCUGCUGAGGUGAACCAGAGCAAGCUCCACCUAUCCUGAAAAGGGAUAUGGAACAGAAUACAGUUUCAAGACAUCUGUUCCUUGCUCUGCUUAGCUCACUGUGGUAAUCAAUAGGACCAAUAAUAAAUAAUGCCACUAUCUUAAGACACUGGUGUCUUUUUUCAGAUUUAUCAUUCCUUAGGAAGGUUUCUGAGCUUGUGCUUUAUUUUUUGAAAAGUAAUGUUGAUAUUAAAACUGUAAAUGAAUGCUGUGGAUUUUGUUGGGUGUGGAGUUUUGUUUUUCUAUCUCCAUGUCUUUACAUUAUGACUAGUUCUGCAGUUUUUUCCUUUGCACCAAACAUGUUCUGAAAAUACUUUCAUGCAUACCAUGUGCAUAUUUAAAUUCUACUUAAGUAAAAAACACUUUCCUACUUGAAAAAAGUAUUUAGACCAGCCAAAAGCGUUUGCUGAGAGAUGACUUGCCUGUUGGAAUGGAAGAAUAGUGUGAAGCAGUGGGGUACAUUUUAAAAAUAACAACUGCAAAGUGACAGUCUAUAAUUAGUUUUAAGUCUGACAGAAACCAGGAAGUAGCCCUUAAUUUUUAACAGGGUACAGUAAUAGCAGUUGUCAUUGGUUCUUAAGGCAACCUGAGGAUUUGUUGAACAUCGGUGCUCACUGCUUACUGCAGGGAACCGUGUUGAACACUCGGUAUGUUACGUAUGAUGAGAUACAGGACCACAGUAAUGGGGUAGAUAGUCAGAAACCUGUGGAAAAAAGACAACUUAACACAGUACUUUAUUUACUUGAUUGAAAGCUCUCUCAUGAUACAUAAAAUGUUGCUGUAGUUCACACUGAAGUGGUUAUCUGGGUUUUCUAUGCUCAAGACUGCUCAAUGGCUGCUGCCGCUCCCGUUGGUUUUUCUUUCAGGAUCAAGGUGGGUACUUUCAUAUAAAAUCUUGUUUUUAAUUCCUUCUCUGGCAACUCUUUCCUGGAUUCUUAGCUUUGCAUAAUUAUAUCUACAAUGGAACCUUGUAAGGAGAACAUGAACAAAUCAAUAUAAAUAAAAGAUACCAGAGUUCCCUUGCGGCUCAGUGGUUAAGAACCUGACUAGGAACCAUGAGGUUGCGGGUUUGAUCCCUGGCCUUGCUCAGUGGGUUAAGGAUCCAACCUUGCCAUGAGCUGUAGGCUGCAGUCAUGGCUGGGAUCCUGUGUUGCUGUGGCUGUGGCGUAGGCCGGCGGCUGUACCUGAUUCGACCCUAGCCUGGGAAUCUCCAAAUGCUGCAGGUUUGGCCCUAAAAAGACAAAAGACCAAAAAAAAAAAAAAAAACCCACAAAAAACUAAAAUUUGAAAUUUAUAAUCAGAAAUUGUAAAUGCUUACAGAUGACAGUGGUUGUGCACGCAUUCUUAAAGUGGCUUAUUUAUUUACUUAUUUUUGCUUUUUAGGGCUGCAUAUGGAAAUUUCCCAGGCUAGGGGUCAAAUUGGAGCUGCAUCCACCAGCCUACGUCACAGCACCACUGGAUUCUUAACCCACUGAGAUGAACCUUCAUGGAUGCUGGUUGGAUUUGUUUUCAGUGCUCCACAAUGGGAACUCCUUAAAGUAAUAUUUUUAGAUGUUAAAUGCCAUAGGCAGGGAUGAAAUGUGCAUUUAGGUUAAUUUAAAAAAAAGUAGAGUCCUUCCUAAAUGAAGUAUAAAUCCUGACAUGGCAUUGAUGCACUAAUGGCAUGCAUUCAUCUGUUCAUCUGACAAAUGACAUGUGUGUUUAUAUACAUGUUUAAAAGAUUUGAGAUGUUCCAGCAGUAUUUUGUAAGAUAAAUAUCACUGAGGGUGGGAAUUGCUCUGAGUAGAACAUAUGCUUGGAAUUAGAUAAACCUAUCACAGUAAUGGAGCUUCGUGAAUUUUAGCAUACAUACCAGCAUCCUAAAGUUACCAAGAUAAAUCCUCCUACUGCAACAUCACAUGAUCUUCUGAUUCUACCUGUCAAGGAAGCAUAACCACUGUAAUUAUACAUUACAUGUUAUAUAUUGUACUUCAUUUUUUUUAAUGCAGAGGGAAAAAAAAAGAUACUCACUCGUUAACAAAAAGUGUCCAAGGCCAGCCACAACAGAUCCCAACGAACCAUGUAAUAUUGAUUCCCGUGCACAGGGUGUGUUCUCGACAUCUAAGAUUCCUAGGAGCUUAAAUGGCUAGGAAAAAUAAGAACCUAGUUUGAACGAGAAAAUACUUCAGGGUGGUUUGGCAAAGAUUAAGAUCAUCAGUCAUCCUGCUUUGAUAUAUAAUGCAGCUCUAAAAUGGAAACCUUGAGAAUUUGACCAGAAAGUCCUAAGUAAGCAACAGGGUAGAUUAAAUCUCCAUUGGUUGGGGCAUUAUGGCAUGCCAUAAUUUGUUGACUGGUUUAGAGAUAAGGGCAUAAAGUGUUUCAUGAGCUCUUUAAACUGUGUAAAGUCAUUUGGAAUUUGGCUAUCACUGAAAUUAAAAAGUACAGUUUCCUAAUAAUUUGAGAGGUAUACAUGGGGGAAAUGAAAUUGUUCUAACCAUGUUGCUACACUGCUCUUUUUUAAGUCUUUUAAUGAUUUAAACGAUCUAGGUAAAGAGGUGAGCCUCAGUUGUGUUUGUAAGAAUACAUGUUAUGACAAAUGUCUGUUUCCUUGCUGGUGUUGGACUUGAUAGUUUACUUCUUUGUUGAUAGCACAUGGUAACCACUUUGUAUGGAUGAAAAAAGGUGGAAACCUAGAGGGUUGGGUUGUCUCAGCUCUGGCACUAACUGUUGACUGUACAAUAUAUUUUUUUUAUCUGGCCCCUAUCUGUAGUGAAACGAUUGGGCCAGGUAGUAAUUCCUUCUACAGUCAAGAUUUGACUUGGCGCCUAAUAAAGCAAAAGUUAUUUACUCUC